UGGGUCUCACCACAAUCUUCGCAGCGCCAGCCCCAGCCUGAGGAGCUCGAGUCCCAGCUUAAGGAGUUCGAGCUCCAGCCUGAGGAGUGGGAGCUCCAGCGAGGACGACAGCUGGGACACAAACAGCUGGAGCUCGGGGGCCACCUGCCUGCUGCGGAGCUCCAUCAAGCAGCACAGUGAGGAGGUCUUCAGGGCCCGCGCAGGUUCUGGGGGGCGACCCGAACCAGCCGUGACAGCCAGUGACUCGGAGGCCGGCUACCAGAGCCUAGACAUCUGCCAGGCGGCACUUCCAGCUCGGGCGGAGAGCCAGGAGGUGCUGGAGAAAGUUCAGCUCACCUCGAGGGGGAACUCGCUGCAGAGUUUGACGUCGAGCCAAGGCUCAGCGGCAUCGGCCGUGCCCACAAGAAUCGAGCAGAAGAUUGAGGCCAAAAUUAAGUUCUCUGCGUUUCUGGACGAGGUGACGUGCAGUGUGCUGGACCCGGGAAGUCUGGAAGCCUUCGGGGGGGUCCGACAAAGAGAACCAGCACCAGCGCUGGUGACUACGCCCUGUUCGUGGUUUAGCCCAAGCGCAGAGCCUGGUGUCCGAGACCAAAGGAGGGGGAGAACAUGUGGGAACGUGCCAGGUUCCAUGUACCAGUGGUCCAAGUGUUUACCGAGCUGCAAGAUCCUGGAGUCCAGCGACAGCCUGCGUAGAACCAGCGACGAGGGUUCUCUCAUGGAAGCAGUGGGGAAGACCUAUUUAGAGACGGACAUCGACAGCGUGCGGCGGCAGGACGAGUUGAGCCUGAGCGGGUCGCACCGAGAGGCCAAGGCGGUGUCACAUGCUCGAGAACGAGAGAGGGAGCACCCACGCGAAAGGGAGCGAGAGAGAGACAGGGAGAGAGACAGGGAGAGAGACAGGGAGAGAGAGAAGAGGAGCAUUUUGGUCAACCCUGAACACCAGGUUCGGGCAAACUUGGUGCGGGGCCAGAGCCCGAGCAUCAGUUGGUCCGACGGCUCCACAAAAAACCUCAAGACGGCAUCUCUUCCCAGACCUGGCAGCAGCAUGGCCUCUGAUGGUGAGAUGCAGAACAUGAGCUCUCUGCACGAGCAGAAGGAGGACCUGCGCAAGCGUCUCAACUACACCACCCACAAGCUGGAGCAGCUGGAGACGGAGUUCGACUCCACCCGCCAGUACCUGGAGACGGAGCUGCGCCGCGCCCAGGAGGAGCUGGAGAAAUUCACAGACAAACUCCGCAGGAUCCAGAGCAGCUAUGCAGCCUUACAGCGCAUCAACCAGGACCUGGAGGAGAAGGUCCGCGGCACGAAUCAACACCACGAGGAGGAGAAGAGGGCGCUCAGUCGCGAGAUCAUCGUUCUCAACAAUCACCUGAUGGAAGCCAAAAUCACCAUUGAGAAGCUCAGAGAAGACAAUGACCUAUACCGCAAGGAUUGCAACCUGGCGGCUCAGCUUCUUCAGUGUGGAAAAUCCCAUUACCGGUCGCACAAGCUUUCAGAGCUCCCAGUUGACUUCCAGGAGCGUCUGAGCUCGCACAUGGAGAAGCAAGGCCGCGGGCGCACCGUGGCAAUGUGCCACUCUCCCUACUCCGACGCUUCGGUUCCCGCCUCCGUUAUUGGAAAGGUCCUGGAGAAGCCGGAGCCCGGGAGUAGCUGCCCGGUGACGCAGUCACCAAGUCCACAGCCUCAGGACACUGACCACUACGGCUCCGCCGGGGACGGUGUAGGGGAUGGUCCUGGAACAAGGGGACUGGGAGGGGGACGAGGUGGUGGGGAACACCUUCAUCGCCGCGCGGCACACAAGACGUCAGAUCUGUACUGCAGCGACACAGCACUGUACUGCCCGACGGAUGAGCGUCGGCGCGAGCGCUGGCAGGAACGGCGUCAGAGCGUGGACGUGCAUGGCAAUGAGCUGGGACUGCAGCUGCUGCACAUGCAGAACUCCACCGACAGCAACCCCGACGAGGACGACGGCAGCCUCAGCGGUGGGGGCGGAGUCGGUGUGGGCGGUGGCGUGGGUGGGUUCCACCCAGGCUUCCAUCACCACCACCACCACCACCACUCCUCCACCUCCUUCCAUGACUUCGCCACGGCCGGCUCACUGCCGGCGUCCAGCUCCUACUCAAGCUUUAGCGCCGCCUCGGACGAGAAGGUCGGGCGUGGCUUGGGCAGCACGCUCUCCUCCUCCCAGCAGGCUCUAUACCGGGACUGGCGGGAAGGCGGGAGCAAGACCACGUCGUCCUACGAGAAAGACAGCCCGGGAUUCCCCAAGUCCCGCAGCACCCAGCACAUGGCUCACCACGGCGGCAGCCCGCAGAAUGGUGGCAUCGGUGGUGGUGGUGGCGCCUCCUCGCCCGUCUACACACGUACGCCGUCCUGCUUCAGCGAGCCAUACCACUCGCCUCACCUGCCGUCGCGCAACGCCAGCGGCUCAUCCGCAUCAGGGGCUCUUCGGCGGGACAGCCGGGACAGCCGCGGGAGCAGCAGCAUCGGCGUGGGCAUUCACGGGGCCGAAGAUGAGCUGAGCCGCCGCUGGCGUCAGCUGAGUGUGGAGGAACUCAACGCCUACUCCUACCGCAGCCCCGGGGGUGGAGGUGGAGGCGCGAGCGGUCGAGUUUCGCCAUUCAGCUUCUCCGAGCGCCACUUUGCCAUAAGCCCUGCCAAGAUCAAGCUGGGGCCCCUCUACAGCAGCUUCCAGGAGGGGGACGACUCUGUCUUCCACGGCCGCAUGCUGGACCCGUGCUUCUCACACGCCGCUGCUGCUGCCGCCUCGGCUAGUCCAAGCCCGAGCCCCAAGCUGCCCCACCGUAGGCAGGAGAAGGGUGCCCUCUACAGGGCAUCGAAAGAUGACAGCCAGGAGUCCGAGGGCAGCAUCUUCCAGUCAGGGGGCUCGAAGGACAAAGGCGCCACUCCCAGGAGCAUCAAGAAGGAGUACGUGGACGCAAGUCCAAACAGCUCAGCUGAGUCUCUGCACCAAAGUCCCCACGACGCCUCAGCCACCUCUUCCUCCAACAUGCACUAUCAAAGGGACCCACACCCACACCCUCACCCCCAUCCGGUCCCCCCUGGCCCCCCCCAACGGCAGACACCUACGCAGUACCAAAAAUUUGGCAACACAGGACUCAGCCGAAAAGACAGUCUGACUAAGGCUCAGUUGUAUGGGACGCUGCUGAACUGACAAAGCAAAGUCUUUCUGAGGACGUGAAUAUAAGAGUCUUUGUUGAGGGGGCCAUAGCUUGGCUAAUGUGGGUUUGGUAUUACUACAGUAGAAGAUUAUUUUUGGUUGUGGUCUGGUAUUAUUACGGUUAACCAGGCUCACUAUGAAUGUUCGCGAAUGGCUUUAACUGUAAUUUCUGUACAUUGUUUUUGGAAGUGAAGGAAUUGUGGCUAAAAGACCACAAAAACUGAUCAAAUCCUCAGCACACACCUAGCUUUCAAAUAAAUCCCACCUCUACUCCCAUAUACCUUACACAUUUCAUUAAUUAUCUUUUCAUACCUAUUCAAAUACCAAUAAAGGUUUCUCCCUUA